AAACGGAACAAAACGAAACGCGCGCUUGGGUUGGGUUGGGUUGACUUCAAACUCUCGUGUGUUUGUUUGUGGACAGAUUUGUCAAACCUUUUUGUGCGUUCAAGGGAUGCAGAUGACGACGUCCGUCGAAUCUGUAACAGGAAGAUGCCUUUUAAUGUGUCCAGAGAAAGAACGAAGGAUGAGGGAGAGAGAAGGUUUGUUGCACAAAUACGAGAUCGAUGAAGAAACGAAACAUAUGAAAAAGCCUAGAGCUGAUACUGCCAGAACGAUAAAGUGUUUUAGUCGUUCCGCUGCUGGUCAAGUUAUGACAGAUCCCUACUCGUUACGUCCACCACAUGUAUUAUUAUCCACUGUGCGAUACCUAUUCACUGAAAUAAUCACGCGAACGGAUUUAGACUGGACGUUAAUAUACGAUUUUGUGUUCGAUCGACUGAGAUCAGUGCGACAAGAUGCUGUAAUCCAAAGAAUUGAUAUUACUACGAACAUUUCUCUUCUAGAACCAAUCGUCCGAUUUCAUACUUAUGCUGCACAGAGAUAUGCACAAAUUCUUUCUAGGCUCUGUGAGAAAAAUAUUUCGGAAUUUGAUGCAAAAAUAAAUAAUAAACAUUUAUUAGAAUGUAUCAAACAGUUACUCGUAUUAUAUGAUAAACGAGAUUAUAAAAAUACAAAUAAUGUAGAAGUACACGAAGAGCUCGAAAAAUUGGCGUUAAACGAUAGUCGAUUGGAAAUGGAAGCUUUAUAUAUUCUUCUUCAUAUCGGGGAUCAAGAGGCUUUAAAAAGAGCUCUUAUGCUUCCUUCAGAUCUGAAAAAUUCACCGGUAAUUCGAUUAGCUACAAAAAUAUCACUUGCUUGGUAUCUAAAAAAUUAUGCUCGUGUUCAUUAUCUGGUUCAACAAUUACCUCCAAUAUUAGCUUGUGCAUUUUUCUGUAAUUUACAAAGUUUCAGAAGAAGUGCUCUACAAAUCAUGAGUUUUGGCUAUAACAGUAAAGUAUUGACAUUCCCAGGAUUAAAAAUACAAGAACUUUUAUUCUACAAAGAUAUAAAUAAAGUCCAGGCAGAUUGCAAUUUAUUUGGCUUGACAUUUAUUAAUGAAAAUAUUUUAUUUCAAAAAUCACAGUUUAAUAAUCAAGCUUUGCAAGCCAAUCCUGAGAUGUAUUACACUUCUGUCGCAUUACAUAAAUUUAUACCAAAAAUUAUGUUGGAAUGUACUUCUAAUUAAUAAAUGUACUCUUCUAUUGCAAUAUUUACAUUUAUUGAGAAUCACUGGACGAACUACUCGAG